AUGAACCCCAACCUCCAUCUGAGCCCUGAGUCCAAAGAGCUCAGUGCUCCUCUGCUGACAGUCUGCACAAAGCAGACAGCCUCACCGAGGGCCGUCAGGCUUCAGCCUGAGACCAUCAGACCGAUCACCAUGAUCUUCAUCUUCAUCUUCAUCUUCAUCGGUCUUCUUCCAGCAGCUCAGCUCCAGCUCCAGCACCAGCAGGACCAGCAGGACCAGCUGGACCAGCAGGACCAGCUGGACCAGUGUCCCCGCGGCUCCUGUAAUCCGCAGCUCGGUGACCUCAUGGUGGGUCGGGCCCCUCAGCUCUCAGCCUCCUCCACCUGCGGCCUUCAUGGACCCAAUAAUUACUGCAUCAUCGGAUACUUAGAGGAGGAGCAGAAAUGCUUCACGUGUGACUCUCGGCUGCCGUACAGUCGCUAUAGCAACCCCGACAGCCACCGCAUUGAGAACGUCAUCACGACCUUUGACCCUGAGCGUAAAAUGAAGUGGUGGCAGUCUGAGAACGGAGUUCAUCACGUCAGCGUCCAGCUGGACCUGGAGACCCUGUUCCAGUUCAGCCAUCUGGUCCUCACCUUUAAGAGUUUCCGUCCGGCGGCUAUGUUGGUGGAGCGUUCGAAGGACUUCGGACGAACCUGGAAGGUUUUCCGAUAUUUUGCGGAGGAUUGUUUGCUUCAUUUCCCUUCGGUGUCCGAUCAGACGGCAGACAGCAUCGAUGAUGUGGUCUGUGACAGCAGAUACUCGGGAUCAGAGCCAUCAUCUGACGGAGAGGUGGUGCUAAAAGCUCUGGAUCCAAUCUUUGAAAUAGAGAAUCCGUAUGCACCAGAGAUCCAAGAGCUGAUCACCAUGACCAACAUCCGGAUCAACUUCACUCGUCUCUUCACGCUUGGCGACACUCUGCUGGGUCGCAGACGCAGGAACCCUCAGGACAAAUAUUACUACGCUCUUUAUAACAUGGUGGUCCGAGGCAGCUGCUUCUGUAAUGGCCACGCCAGCCAGUGCAUGCCUCUGGAUGGAGGACGCGGAGACGUCUUCAGCCAGCCUGGCAUGGUUCACGGACGAUGCGUCUGUCACCACAACACGGCCGGAGAAAACUGUGAGAGAUGUCGAGACUUUCACCACGGCUCCCCCUGGAGGCCUGGAGGGGAAGACGACGUCUGCAGGAGGUGCGACUGCAACGGUCACUCUGACUCGUGUCACUUCGAUGCCGCUCGCUUCGAGGCGACGGGCGGCGUGAGCGGAGGCGUGUGUGACGACUGUCGCCACGACAGAGUCGGGCCUCAGUGUGAGCGGUGUCGGCCGUUUCUGUUCCAGGACCCCCAGCGAGCGCCGGAGGACCCCAACGCCUGCAUACCAUGUGACUGUGACCCGCUGGGCUCACAGGGGGGGGGUCUGUGUGACCCUCUAAGCGGUCAGUGUGUCUGUAAAGGAAACGUCGACGGGCAACGAUGCGACCGCUGCAAACACGGAUUCUACGGUCUGAGACACGACGACCUGGCCGGCUGCCAGAAAUGCAGGUGUCAUGCUUUGGGAAGUUCGGGGUCAUGUGACCAGCUGACAGGAAGAUGUGAAUGUGACCGUCUGGCAAGCGGAGAGCAGUGUGACCGAUGUGUGGCAGGUUUUUGGGGUCUGGGAGACUCUGUGUUCAGGUGUUCACCGUGUGACUGCGAUACAGGAGGAGCCCAAAGCAACACGUGUUCUCCUUAUGACGGACAGUGCACCUGUCUGCCCAACAUGGCGGGUCGGCGCUGCACCGAACCCACCCCCGGGCACUUCCUGCCGCCGCUGGACUACUUCCUGUAUGAGGCGGAGCUCGCUGCCGCGCUGGAUGAUGGGAACUCUGCUGCUGCUCUGCGGGACCCGACGGUCUCCCCGGACUGCGCUCAGUAUUUCAGGGAACGAGGAUUUGGCUUCCAGCUCUCUAACGGUCGAGUGGUUCUGAUCCGGAGGACUCGGCGGGCCCGCCUCAGGAGGCAGACUCGGCAGCCGGGCCGGAUCCCACUGGAACCGGGUCACGCCCUGCAGAUCAUCCCCCGCCAGAGGGCGCCCGGCCAGCCAAUCACAUGGAGCGGCCUAGGAUUGGUCAGAGUCCAGGACGGAGCGGGCCUUAGGUUCACUGUUGACAACCUUCCUUCCUCCAUGGACUAUCAGCUGGUGAUCCGCUACGAGCCCGAGACUCCAUCUGAUUGGCUGGCAUCAGUCAGCGUCAUCCCGCUGUCGCCCGGUGAUAGCGGCUGCAGCAGCAACCCGACAGGAAGGAAAACUCUGAUUCUUCCUGGAAACGCCAGAGGCGGCGUUCUGGACUCUCCGCUGUGUCUGAACGCAGCGGCUCGAUACUUGGUGGACGUCUCGUUUAACGUUCAGUCUGGACCCGAAACCUCGCACAUCCUCAUCGAUUCGAUGGGUUUGAUUCCCAUCAUCGAGUCCAUCCGUGACUUCUGCUCCCAGAGCGACCUCGACUCUUUCCGACGCUUUCGCUGCGUUGGAUUAGCCGCCGAACUCGACUCACAGGAGUCGCUGCCAGAAGUCUGUGAAGCUCUAAUCGGGAGCAUGUCGGCCCGAAUCCACAACGGAGCCGUUUCUUGCAGGUGUAAUGUGAUUGGCUCUCUUGGACCAUCCUGCAGUAAAUUGGGCGGGUUGUGUGAAUGUAAACCCAACGUGAUUGGCCGUUGCUGUGAUACCUGUGCGCCACAGACGUUUGGUUUUGGACCUGACGGCUGCAAACCGUGUCAGUGCGACUCCAGCGGUUCAGUGUCCGAGCUUUGCGAUCAGGUCAGAGGUCAGUGUGCGUGUCGCUCGGGGGUGACCGGUCGACGCUGUGGACACUGUCAGACGGGAUUCUGGGGUUUCCCUCGCUGUCGACCCUGUGAAUGCAACGGCCUGUCGGACGUUUGUGAUGAUCAGAGCGGAGAGUGCCAGAACUGCAGAGAGCACGCCACCGGAUCCCACUGUGACAGGUGUGUGGAGGGUUACUAUGGUAACCCAGCCUCCAGACAGCCCUGUCAGCCAUGCUUGUGUCCAGACAUUCAGGGCAGCGGACGAUUCUUCGCCUCUUCCUGCGACCAAAACCCACAAACCCUCGGUCUGACCUGCAGCUGCUGGGAGGGGCACAUAGGUCCGCAGUGCAACAGAUGCAGUCCUGGUUUCUAUGGCGACCUGACGUUGCCGGGUGCCCGCUGUGAAGAGUGUCCGUGCAACAACAACAUCGACCCCGACGACCGAGACGCCUGCGACAGUGUGACCGGAAAAUGUCUGCACUGUCUCCACAACACGAUGGGACCACGCUGCCAAAACUGCAAACCGGGUUACUAUGGCAACGCCCUAGAGCAGGGCUGCAAAGAGUGCUCCUGUGACCGGCGGGGGACAGAGGUGACUCGGUGUCCUCUGGGGAGUCCCUGUUUCUGUGAUCAGACGACCGGACAGUGUCCCUGCAGGACGGGUGCAAUGGGCGUCCUCUGUGACGAGUGUGAGGACGGAUACUGGAACCUGGACGGAGCGUCAGGCUGUCAGCCUUGCAGCUGUGAUCCUGCUAACUCUUUCUCCAACAUCUGCAACAAGGUGUCGGGACAGUGUCCCUGUCGUCCUGAGUUCGGAGGAAGACAGUGUGAUGAAUGUGGAGAAAAUCAUUUUGGGAACCCCGACCUGCAGUGCAUCUCUUGUGACUGCAACAUGGAGGGAACCAUGCGCCCGUCAUGUGACCCUGAAACUGGUGAGUGCAUGUGUCGGACCGGUGUCACCGGUAUCUUCUGUGAUGAAUGCGCUCCUGGCUACGACUCAAAGUUCCCCAGCUGUGAGGAGUGUCACCCCUGCACGGCCCUCUGGGCCGAAAACGUUACUGACGUCCAGCGUGCUGCCCAGAGAAUGAGAACCUUCAUUCCUCGCCAGGGUGACGAUCAGCCUGGACAUAAUCGCCACCGGCAAAGGAUGCUGGAGAUGCACUCUAAGCUGGAAGGUCUCGCCAACCUGACGGCACUUUCUCCGCCCAAGGUGGAGAAGAUGGCAAAACUGUAUCAGAAGAUCGGGAAGCUGAAAGACAGUAUCGACCCCAACAUGAUCCUGAUCAGCCCGACUUCACUCCUCAACACUGAAAUAGACAACAUUCAUCACGAGUUCAAGAAGCUGCUGAACAACCUGAAGGAGAAGCUCAUGGGGCAGCCAGAUGAUGAUGAUGAUGGUGAUGAUGAAGACCUGGAAGAAAUGUUGGAUGAGAUCCAGAAGCUUCACAAAGCUUUCCUGUCUGAUGAGAAGAGAGUGAAGAACGCUAACGAAGCUCUGGAGGACUCCAUGGACACCAGACAGGAGGCCAAACACAAACUGAGCAUGUGCAGCAGCAGAGGAGACCUGGCACCUCUGGAGAAGUCGGUCAAAGCGCUGAGCGUGGUCGGCCUGAACCGCAAGAUCUGUGGAGAACCAGGAGCAGCACAGGAGGACUGUUCAGGAUGUGGUGGCGCUCUCUGUCGUCUGCCGCUGGGAAACAGGAAGUGUGGCGGUCCGAACUGUGAUGGCGUCGUUCCCCCUGGUGAAAACGCUUCAGAGACGGCAGAUAACGCCAAAGAGAAACUCAUCACGCUCUCUGGAAAACUGCAGGAGUCCAAAGACAAGAUCAAUGACGCCCAACAGGUGGCUCAGAACACUAAAGUUCUGACCAAGAACCUUCAGGAUCGGAUCAACAACAACACGGACAGCUGGGAGAGAGACAAGAACCAAACCAAGGAGCUCAUUCAGCGAGUCAAAGACUACCUGCUGGAUGAGAUGGUUCCUCCAGAGGAUAUCGAGAAGAUGGCCCGAGCAGUGCUGGACAUCCAGUUACCACGAUCACCUGAUGAGAUCCGCUCCAUGAUCAGUACCAUCAACGAUCUACUGUCCAAUGCCACCAACUUCCAGGCAGACAUGAAGAAGCUGGAACAGCAGGCCAAGGAUGCCCAGGACCUGCUACAGAAAGCCCAGGAGCUCAAGGAACAGACGAAGAACAUCGAUAUGAAGAAGAUCAGCCAAGAUAUUUAUGAAGCAGAGAAAGCUCAAAGCAAAGCCAACGACGACCUGGAGACCGCCAGCGAAGACAAGGAUAUGGCCAAAGACCGAAUCCGAGAAAUUACAGACAAACUGGGCGACAUUGAGACGAAGCUUAUGAGCCCUCGACCUAAAGAGCUGUUGGACGACAUCGACGCCCUCAAGAGGAAAACUGACCAGAACCGAGAGCAAGCCGAAGAGGCCAAAGAGGCUUCGGACUCAGCUACAGACAGCAGUAAAGACGCAGAGACGGAGCUGGACAAUGUGAGGAAGCAGUUUGAGGUCUUAAAGCAGGAAAAAGGGAACCAGACAGUUCAGGACGAAGCUGGAAAACGUCUGAAGAACAUCGUGGACGAAGUGGAGAUGCUGAGGAGACAAGUGGAGGACAAACAGCGACUCAUAGAAGACGUGGAGAAGAAGAUCCAGCAGCUAAUCAGCAGUAAACAGCAGAAAGCUGCUGUCGUUGCUGGUUUGUUAAAACAAGUGGAUGAUCUUCGCCAGGAAAUCUCCAAACGAGCUGAAGGAUACAUCAACUGCUCCUCUUAA